UCUCUCUCCCUCUCUCUAACCAGUGGUUUCAGGUUGGAGUAUCCUGGACUCGACACGACAGACAGACAUACUUGCCUCAUCCAAAUUCCCAAUCUUUCAUAGACUGGUUGGGAAGGCAAUUCUCGCGGCAAAUGAGUCGAGGGAAUGAAUUCUCCGACGACGGAAUAGAGGGUGUAACCGCCGUAGCAGCAGCCGCCUUUGCCAUUCUUUCUGCUGAAGAAUCGAGACCCAGAAAGAAGGUCGAUCAUCCUGAAACGUCGUCGUUCCAGAAGACAAAGAACGUCAAGGAGGACAAUCGUACACCCCCUCCACGUCCGGCGCCGGAACCUGAUAAGAUUCCCCAGCCGUUCUCAGUAAACUCCGAACAACAAAAACAGAGACCAAUAGAAAACAGAACCGAUCCUUCUCCGGCCGCCAUCAACCACAUCUCCGGCGGCGGAAGAACAGAACCAGAGAGAGCAGUAGAAGUCCCUGGGAAGCCACAAACCCUGCCUUCUGAAACGAAAGCAGAUCUGUGGGAAAAGGCAGAGCUGGGUAAAAUCCAAGAAAGAUACCAGAAGGUGGACGAAAGAAUUUGUUACUGGGAAAGCAAGAAGAAGGACAAAGCCAUGCGCAAAUUUGAAGCAUCACAGGCUGAGGGAAUGAAGAAGAGUAAGAGGAUAAAGGGAAGAAGAAAGCUGGAGGAAGACAUGGAGUAAAUAAAGAAAAUAGGAGGAGAAGCAAGAACCAAAGCAGAGCGGAAGAAGAA